AUGUCCGACACUCAGAUGGAGCCACCUGUGACACACUGGGAAGCAAAAUUUCUUGCUGCUUUUGAUAAGAUCUGCUCAGCUUUCUGGCACCGGGUUGAAUCCCUUCCGCAACUACAUGCACCACUUGAAACACAUGCGCUCACAGCAAGUGACCUUGCAGCCUGGCUUACCCCCGAAGCAGAGACCAGUUUGGCGCAAAGCCCCUACUUGUCAGCACCUCUUGCAGCACAGACAAGCUACACUGUGGUCCAGACCGCUCACCCCUCUUCUGGGCUGGUCGCCCACCUGCCGCACCGCCGUUCACACACCCAGGGACAAACCUUCAGGUGCAACAAGCACUGCGGGAAAGCUCCAGUUCAGCGCGGUCGACUAAGUGCAGCUAAAGCUAUUAGACACAAUUGGACACACGAAGACACAUCUCUCCACAAGACAGCGGUGCACAGCGGGGAAAGCCUGAAGUCAGUGCCACUAGCGAUGAA